CCCACCUUCACUUCACUGUCUCAGUCUCAGUACCGAGCUCCGGCCGCGAGCAAGUAAAAUACUCCUCCCUCCCUCCAAUCCCUCCUCUGGAGUCAACUCACAGACACUAGCUAGAUGGAUCGGCACGGGCACGGGCAGCAGCACCGGCUGGUGACGGUGACGAUGCCGCGGGAGGGGGAUGCGGCUUCCUCCUACGCGGGAGGGGGGACGGUGGACGUGGUGGCGCGGGAGGCGGCGGCGCAGGCGCUGGGGGCGGUGGUGCAGCUGCACUUCGACAAGACGGUGGAGAAGAAGCGCAGCGCCGACGCGCAGAAGCAGGAGCUCUGGCGCCUCUUCCUCGCCUUCUUCCUCUUCCUCGCGCUCGUCCUCUCCUCCGUCGCCGGCGGGGGCCGCCUCCAGUGCCGCCACCUCUGGGCCCCCGCGGGGCUCCUCUCCCUCGCCCACCUCGCCUUCUACGCCGCCGUCGCGCACCACCUCCGAUGCCUCAACGGCUUCAGGUACCAGCGGCGGUGCCACAAGCUGACGCUGGCGCUGGCGGCGGACCGGCUGCGGAUGCUCAAGUCGGCGGGGGAGGUGGUGGCGGCCGCCGACGUGGAGGUGCCCUACCAGGAGCCACACGAGACCUACCUCGCCAAGUUCAAGCGCAGCUGGGCCAUCCACUUCGCCUUCCUCAUCGCCACCUUCGCCUUCUCCGUCGCCGCCGCCGUCGCAGUCCUCUGCUUCUAGCCCCACCCCUACCCCUAGCCUAGCUACCACCAUUACCUCCUCCUCCUCCUCUCUGCUUCUUCUUCUUCUUCUUCUUCUUCAGGAUUAGUAACAUCGCAUCGAUUGUGCUGUGUUCCACCAUUAGCAAGCAGCACCAAAGAAUGUCCUACAGCAGCACAAGAGUGAGAUCUGCUUGCUUGCCUGCCUGCCAACAUUCAUUAAUGUCAAAGAUCUUCGUUGGUGUCAUGCUCAUGAUGGCGACCAACUCUGCUUUGCUUUCACUCUGGCCUAAUCAUCAAUCAAUUCAUCAUAACGCAA